CCCAUCCGUCUUCUUCCUCCUCCCCCAUUGGCUCAGCACUGAUUAUUAGCCGACGGUGUGCCGCACUAGCAGCCUCUGCCGCCGGAUUAUCCAUGUCCUGCACACCGUACCGGAACAAGGCAUAUGCUCUUACGAGGUUCCCGUGCCCCCGGUGGUGGUGCCUCAGCAGCCACACGCUUUUUGCAGUGUAGUUUAGCUAUAGCUAGUAGUAUAUAUAGCUUCCACGCACUGCCUCCCCAACUCGUCCAGAGUUAGUUGUAUAGCUAGACUAGACUUGCUUGUAGUGUAGCAGGCUAGCAGCUAGGAAAUGCUGCUUGUUGCCAAGAUGGGUGGCGGUGUCAAGGCCUAUGGCGCCGUGGUUCUGAUCAGGCUCAUGUACUCCGGCAUGCACGUCAUGAGCAAGGUGGCCCUGGACCAGGGCAUGAACCCGCUGGUGUUCCUCUUCUACCGCCACACCACGGCCGCGCUCGUCCUCAUCCCUGUCACCUUUGUUCUCGAGAGGCGAAAAGCGAAGCCGGUUACGUUGAAGAUUGGAUGGAAGAUGUUCAUACAUGCUCUCUAUGGGGUGACAGCAUGUGGUGACUUGUUUAACCUCGGCCUCAACUAUGCUUCUGCUACGUCGUCGUCAGCAUUGUACAAUGUUCAACCGGUGGUCACAUUCAUCCUAGCCGUCAUAUUUGGGAUGGAGACUCUGAAACUGACUCGGUUCCAUGGCAAAGUGAAAUUCGCGGGCAUCCUGUUCUGCGUCGCCGGCGUCACCAUUCUGGCCUUCUACCAGGGCCCAAUGUUCAGAUCCUUCAACCACCACCAUCUCUUUCAGAACGGCAGCAGCGGUGCCUCUGGAGAAGCAGGAGACACACAACCCAAGAAUCAGUGGGUCUUGGGGAUCUUCCUCAUGACACUGUCCAACGUUCUAGCAGGCCUGUGGACAGUGCUUCAGGGGCCACUGAUAGAGGACACGUCGAAGCUGAUGAACACGACGCUGCAGAUCUCGUGGGCGUCGCUGCAAGCCUUCCUGGUGGCCGUUGCCGUGGAGAGGGACUUCUCCAAGUGGAAGCUGGGCUGGAACGUCGGCCUCGCUGCCAUCAUCUACAGCGGCGUGAUGGUGACGGCGCUUUCCUACUACAUGCAAAUGUGGACGAUCGCCAAGAGAGGUCCGGUGUUCCUGGCCAUGUCCAUGCCGCUCACCUUCGUCUUCACCAUCCUCAUAUCCUCCUUCAUCAUAGGGGACGCAGUCAACCUAGGAAGCAUCUUUGCCGGGGCGUUGCUGGUUGGAGGCCUGUACAACGUGUUCUGGGGCAAGAGCAUCGAGGAGCGAGACGACCUGAACAAGAUCAGCGCCGCCGCCGCCGCCGGUAGACACGGCGGGCUGGAGCUGCCGGAGCAGCAGGACAAGGCGGAGAAUCAGGCGGCGGCGUCCCAAGUGCCGGAUGACGAUGCGGAGGCAAAGGUCUAAUCCAGCCUUUUUUUUCAGCAAGACGACGUACGUAUGUGACAGGAAAGAUUUGUGUCAAAGCGGGCAGCCAAUUAAAGCCAGUGGUGGUUUCAGAGUGCUGGGAACAAACAGCAACGAGGAAGCACCUGUAUUUGUGAAUUUGACGUGAUGCAGGUCUAAUUCUACUCAACCGGGACUGGUGGCACGCCCGCUGUAAUUGGUUUCAGAUAAAAAGGAUUAAAAAAAAAGACACGUCGCUGUUGUGCCAUUGUAUCUACA